CCUGCAGGAUGACAGCACGCGCGGUGGAAUGUUGCCGAUUAAAUUGUAUUGGAAUGCAGCGAUAUAGUUGUUCUAAAAUAAACAGUUGAAAUGUUGGUUUAGUUUUAUGGCUUUCGAGUGGAAAUAAAUGACCAAAGUACCCAGCAUCGAUGGACUUUUCCUCUUUUAAGCCAAUGCUGGACGUGAACACCUAACAGCUACAGUCAACAACCUCAUGCGAAAGGAAGUAAACGGACAAAAAGGAGAAUACUCCUACAUGAAGCAUGCACGAUCUUUAGUUUAUAUCUAGAUCGUAGCUUCCACUGGAUUAGUUUAUUUACAAAACUAGCUCGGCUCCUAACGCUACAGACUGCUCGGACGUGUCGGAGACUGACCCGCCAGUUGAAAACAAAGUGAAGACAAUCUGCGCUUUCCAACACAAGUGCCUCCAGCACUACUGCUCCCCCACCCCGGCUGUGACUCGUUCUUCACGACGUCACAAAUGCGACCAUGGGAAAUAGCUGUGAAUAGGCGGCCGCCAACAGCCCCCUUAAACCAGAGGAGGUUCCUCGGGGGACCGUGCAACACGCCUGUGCACCUCAGGAGAAGUCCUCCAGCACGACGGCAGUGGGGACAGAGAGACGGAGCUGUUGUGCGCGGUGCCCCGCGGCAGGAUGAGAGCUUUCCCCAUGCUACGUUCCCACCUCAGCAGCUCCCCCUAGAGGAGUCCCGGCAGUACGGCCACGCUGGCGCGCCUCCGCGCCUUCUCCACCCGCACCCACCUCAACCAAGCUCCAUCAUGGUGGACCUUCAUGAGCAGAUGCAUCAAGGAUCCGUACCGAUAUCUUACACAGUUACCACGGUGACGACCCACGGCUUCCCCGUGCACGCGGGGCAGCCGAUGCCGGCGUGUGGCGGCCAGCAGCUCCCAGCAUGCUCGGUAAUGUUCAGCGGACAGCUCUCUCUGCUCUGCUGCCUUCCUCCUCCCCUUAUUCAGGCAUGUACCAUGCAGCACUUGCCCGUGUCUUACCAGGCGUUCCCGCCACUCAUCUCCAGUGAGCAUUUCAUCCUUCACCCCAGCCCGCCGGUGCCAGCACACCAGCCCCCUCACCUGGCCCCGCUCAGCCAGUUCGUGCCAUUGCAGCCUCAGCACCCACGCCUGCCUCUACAGAGAGUGGAGAAUGAGGUGGACCUGAGAGGAGAGCAGCAUCCCCUGGGGACGUUCUCUUACCCCCCGGCCCAUCACCCUCCGGCAGCCAUGCCCCCAUCCGUGCCCCUCCAGUACCUCCCGCAGGAGCCCCUCCACCAAGAUCUGGCCUUCGGAGUGCUGUCAUGCGUAGGACUGGCACUCACCAGGUUCCGUUCGUUUCUCCAGCCAUAUCCCCACGUGCUGCCCAGACGCGGGAGUGGCCAGAGGUACCGGUUACAGCAACCCCUGCCACCGCCACCACCUCCUCCACCGUACUACCCUGGCUUCCUACCGUACUUCCUCUCGAUGCUUCCUGUGCCUCCAACCGCCGUGGGCCCAGCCAUCAGCCUGGACCUGGACGUGGACGACGUGGAGAUGGAGAAUUACGAGGCGUUACUAAACCUCGCUGAAAGGCUCGGGGAGGCAAAACCUCGAGGACUGACGAAAGCCGACAUAGAACAGCUCCCAUCCUACCGGUUCAAUUCAGAAAACCACCAGUCUGAGCAAACCCUGUGUGUUGUGUGCUUUAGUGAUUUUGAGUCAAGGCAGCUACUCCGAGUAUUACCCUGUAAUCACGAGUUUCAUGCAAAGUGUGUGGACAAAUGGUUAAAGACCAAUCGCACCUGUCCGAUCUGCCGCGCGGACGCAUCUGAAGUUCACCGGGAUGUGGAGUGAGUCGAGGCCUUCAUCCAUCACUGGAAAACAGCACAAACCCUGGAGAGUGUGGCAUGAGCAGGCAGGAACACACACACUUGCAUACACACACGCACGCGUACACAGUCCUGCGACCUAGCUGCCACUCAGUCCUGUGCUCUUUGGCCCACUGCUAAGGCAACUCCCAUCCCCCGCCUGCCUUUUGACCAAUAAGCAAUCUCGGAAUUUGGACGGAACCUGCUAGACCUCUGCUGUGCAUCGUUGUGAGUUUUCAUGAAAGCUACUGCCUUCUGCAGCCCAGCCCACCACCACGCCCCUUCAGAGGCCCCCGGUUUUCUUUCCCCUCUCUGCCCUUGUUUUUGCAGAUUCCAAAGAUAACCUAUAAUACAUGUUGUGUUGACAUCUUUGCUUACACAGUUGAAUAUUCUGUAGUUGUCUGAUCACAAAUAAUUCAAGCUGUGUUGUAGUUGAGCGAGAUGGAGGAAGGACAGGAACACUGGUUGGGUUUAAUAACGUUGUGCAAUUAGACAAGCAGCGGGGGGGAAAAGGAUGCUCGAUGAUAGAACCAUCAUAAGAUGCAUGUUUGUGUACAUGAUGGGCUCAAGUGACUUGUUAAUAAUGUAUUUUUUGCAAUAAUGUACUGAUAAUUUCAAUAUCUUUAUCCCAACUCUUUUUAUCUGCAAAUGCUAAUGUGAACGUAUGACUUGCAAUGGGUCUGAAUCUCUGAGGCUUGAGGUAAAAGGGGAAAAAAGGAAAAAAACAAAUAUACAGAACACCGUACUGCAGACACAACAGGGUCUGUGUGCGCGCGUGCGUGUGUGUUGGACCCCCCCACCCCUCCCGCUUCUUGUGCAGCGAGAGAGACAUUGAGGAUGUGCCCUCCUUGGAGACAGACUCUGGGCCUCACCGCUCUGGCGUUUGCACUGUUGCUAAGUUGAAAAGGUCACUGCGGCCCUGGAAAACAAGGGCGAGGAUGGCACCGUGCCUCUGACCUCUGCCUUUGCCCUCUGACCACUUCCCUUCUGUCUGCAUGGCACACCUAUACCAACCCCCCCCCAACCCCCCCAAAGGUAUAAGCCCUGGGAAAAGACCCCGCCCAGCUCAGCCCACCCUUGGCUUCGCUACACCCAGGAGAACCACCCCACAGGCCUUGCACAGAUUCUUCUUUUAGGCUAGCAAUAUUUUUAAUUGACACGCUCCAGCACAUUUCAGCAGUCAAGACCCGUGUCGAGGGUGGGAGUACGGGAGGAACGGCCAAGGGGGGCCAAGCCAAUUUCAACCCUCCCCACUCUACCCCACCCUACCCUCCCAGGACAGUGACGGCCUUCGGCUCAUCCUCCCAGCACGCUUACGUCGGCCAGGGAAGUGGAGAAAUAUUAGUUACGCCUGACGUCCAAAAACGAAACAACAACAACAACAAAAAACCAAACAAAAAAGACUUUGGAGAAGGUGCAACCCUUUUGCAGAAAGCAAUAUGUGCAAUGAGUGUCUGUCUGAAUGAAACUUUGUUUUGUCCUUUUUUUUUCUUCUGUUUUCUUCUUUUUUGGAGGACUAGGCAUUUUCCUCGUUUGUGAGCCAAAAAUUCAAUAUACUCAACAAGAUUUCAGCUCUGCCUUCUUCAAGACCUUGACAAGCACAAACCUGUUACUAAUCUUAAAAUCCGUAGUCAGUUUAACUUGUUUUAAGAGUACACGGUUUUUAACAUGGUGUUAUUUAUUGGUUUUUAUCUUCCUGGAGAAAGUCUGAAGGAUAAGGGCAGAAUACUAGCGCGGUGUAUCUUUGGUGUGUGUUUGUGCUUUGGCAACAUUGUCAGGUCCCAGGCCAUGCUAGUGGUGUAAAGUGAUGUAAAAGAUAAAGCAUUGUAUGCAUAGCCUCGCUGUGGAAAAGUUCAAAUUAUCGUCUUGCUUUUAAGACAGAAGAAUGUGGACAUGCCCCGUACCAUGUAGUUGACCCUACUUCUAUGUGCCAGCUGACUGUAGUAAUUCCACAACGAUCCAAUUGAGGAUGGAGAGUGAGGGAGUGGAGUGGUCGUUGCUAGAAAUGCACUGUAAACAUGCUCAGCUCUUGUUCACUCUGCUUAGAAUUUUAAAAACCAAACUGAAAGGGGGUAAGGAUGAAAUGUUUAGUGUUUUUUCAUUUUGUUUUCUUAAAGUACUCUAAUUAUAGGACUAUAUAUGGUGGGUGUGUAUGUGUGGGUGUGUGUGUGUAUGUAUAUGUAUAUAUGUGUGUGUGUAUAUAUGCGCAC